UGUUUCUAGUCCUCUAUUAUCUUAUUAGUCCGUGCUGUUCUUUACAUUCCUAAUCCACAGACAUUUAUACUAUACUAUAAUAUAGAUAUCUGUGUUCUAAUCCUAGUCCAUUUCUCUCGCUCAAUAUCAACUUAUUAAAAACUGUGUUAAGAAGACAGGAUAGCGCAGUCUAUUAAAUUGUGUCUUUGAAGAACUGUGCAGUGUUAUAAUUUUAAGGUUAUUAUUGUUUUUAACUUUGUGCUAAGUUCUAACUAGUGUCUUGUCUUUUGUCAACGAGUAACGACAGUAAACAGUUCAUUAGUGUAGCGACUGUGCGUAUUGUAAAUACUACUUGAGUUUCUGAGUAUCUACUGUUUGACUUUUUAUUUGUUUUAAUUGUUUUCUUCCAAUGAUUCCAUCUCGAAAAUUGUCAUUGCUCACUUUUCAGCAAAAACUUGCAGAUGAGAAAAAGAAACCAGUAGGAAUAGCAACAAAAUUAAUAAGAUCAGAACCACCACCAUUAGUUAUUGAAGGUCUAACAAAGGCAAACAGAUUUCGUCUCAUAUGUAGUGCAGGAGCUGUGCUUGAAGUGAUAGAAGACAACAAUGAACACGAUCCAAAAUUAUUAGAAAUGUGGAGCGACUACUUAAAAAAUUUAUUACUAACAGCAGCAAUAGUAAGUCAAUCUAGUGAUGAGCCACCAAUUCAAGAAUCAGGAGAAUCUUUUGAUUAGAUUAAAAAAUAAUAAGAAUUAAUGUAAAUUUCAAAUUUAUAAUAAUCAAUUUAAAACAUUUUCUUCAUUACCAAAAAGGGCUUUAUAUAAAUUAAGCUAUUAUAAAUAUACUUAAUAAAUUCAACCAAUAAAUUUAGUAGGAAAGUCAAUUUUCCUACAAAAAAAAAAAAAACAGAAAACCAGAGUAGUAUCUUCAAA